AUGGUGAAACCAGAACCGCCCUCACUGAUGCAUGGAUUCGAUUCGAAGCCGACAGAUGAUGAGCGAUGUCGAAUCAAUCGAUCCCCCAUUUUGUCCACCUUGAUGAUGUCUCCCACUACUGCGGCGGCGGCUGCAGCGGCGACUGCAGUCGCCAAUGCUGCUGCAUUGAAGCCUAUCGUACGAACAUCAGAGUCGACGAGAACCACGGCUCGGCCGGCUAUCUCGACGCAUCGGGCACUACGAUUGAGACGGAGACGUUUGAGACGGACGUGGUUGGGAUACUCUCAUGGAGUGCGAUUUGAUCGGCGAGUGCAAAAACGAUACACGUUUAAAGGAUCGUGUCCGAAUCGAGAUCGCAGGCGGUUUGUUCGAAAAUUGCAACUGUCCACACGGAAUCACAAUGCACAAACUAAUCCCAGUCGGAACAAACGGUGGGUAUCUUUUUUGGUCCUUAUAAAACCGGAUGUAUUCAAAUGA